AUGGGAUGGUCUAGAGCUGGGUCGCUUUUUUCCCUGCCCCCCACGCUAUGGUUGUUUGUACCCGAGUCAGGAACGCUCGACGUCCGAGUCGAUUGCGUUUGUGAGUCAGUCGCGCAGGUUUACGUAAUCGAGCGACACAACCGGGUUGUUUGCCUACGGAGGGAGGAAUGUGUUCCAUCCACCGCUAAGGUGGGCGAAGCGGGCGGAAUAUGUAUGUCAGCAGCGGCAGUGUGGCCAAAGGAGCCCUGGGAGAGCCGUAUGGUUGCCAUGGUUCAUCGGAUCGAGACCGUCGGCUUCCCCCCCCCAGCGACACGAUCGUCAGCGACUUUUCGGAAUGUAUGCCACGCCAGGGUGGUACAAAGUGAUAUUUGGAAUUCUACAUAUCGCGUCAAUGAAGUACACUGGAACCCGAUCUUUACGGGAACCAGGAACCAUGACAUGCCGGUACAAGGUGAUAUGACGCAGAUACGCGGAAGAAGCAGAAUCCCAGGUCCGAAAUUGCUUCCUUGA